AUGGAGGUAAACCGGGACGAGGCGGAGCGCUGCAUUGACAUUGCAACUGCGGCGUUGACCAACGACCAGCCCGAGAAGGCGCAGAGGUUCCUGGAGAAGGCGCAGAGACUCUUCCCGACAGAGAAGGCCAAGGUGCUGCUGGAGCUAAUAGCAAAGAAUGGAUUUACACCCAGGCAAGGCAGCCACUCAGAGUUCGGCGGGACCUCGGGGCCUCGGCAGCGGCAGACCACCGGUGAGGACACGAGACCUGAAGAAAAGCCUUCAGACACCUCAGAAUCCUACACGGCGGAUCAGCUAGAUGCCGUGAGGAGGAUAAAACAAUGUAAAGACUUCUAUGAAAUUCUCGGGGCCCAGAAAGAUGCCUCUGAGGACGAACUCAAAAGAUCGUACCGAAAACUUGCUUUGAAAUUCCAUCCGGACAAGAAUCACGCUCCGGGCGCUUCAGAGGCAUUUAAAGCUAUUGGGAAUGCGUAUGCUGUUCUGAGUAAUGCCAACAAAAGAAGGCAGUAUGAUCAGUGUGAGGAAGAGAGGAGACAUCCUUCAAGACAUGGCCCAGACAGUGGGAACUUCGAGCCAGAUAUUUCACCUGAGGACCUCUUUAAUAUGUUCUUUGGAGGAGGCUACCCGUCAAGUAAUGCUAAUGUGUACACUAAUGGGCGGAUGCGUCAUCAAAGGCGAGAGAGAAGAGAGCGACAGCGAGAUGGAGGUCUUGCUCUCUUCAUGCAGGUCAUGCCCAUCCUCAUCCUGGUCAUUGUGUCAGCUCUCAGCCAGAUCAUGGUCAACAGCCCCCCCUACAGCCUCAGCUUCAGGCCGUCAGCAGGUUACACCCAGAAGAGGCUGACUGAGAACCUUAAGGUGCCAUAUUAUGUAGGGGAGCAGUUCUCCAAAGAGUUUACUGGAAUGAAUCUGAAGAAUUUGGAGCGGACGGUGGAGGAUGAUUAUAUUUCCAACCUUCGCAACAAUUGCUGGAAGGAGAAACAACAAAAGGAAGGCAUGCUAUACAGAGCUCGCUAUUUCGGAGACACUGAUCUGUACCAAAGAGCACAGAGGGCUCGCACGCCAAGCUGCGCCAAGCUGUCCGAGAUCACGGCUUCAUUACAUGGCUGAGGCUGCUUUCAUAAUUAAAAGUUUCCAGAAUCAACACAAAAGAUUACUUGGCUGUAAAUAGAAGAGCUUCAACAAUCUGGAGACUGAAGAAGAAUCAACAAGCAACACAAACAAACCAGCACCAAUCUGCAUCAAACUGAUCACACAAACUGGUUGAAACUAUGACUUUUAGUAUGUGAAAUUUAAAUAUAAUUUUAAUAUGUUUUGAAAUGGAAAAGCCACUUAAAAAAGCUUGACCUCCUGACAAGAUACGAGUUUGGAAAACCUCCAAGCCCCAGUUCGGAGUGGAAGCCAUGACACUGGCAGAGGAGACAUUAUGGUUUUUGCAAGAAUGCAGUAUGAAACCAGAGUGUAGUCGGGUUAGAUAUUGUCGUACGGAUGUUAUUUAUGCAGCAGUUGAUUAGAUACCACAGCGAAUGCUUCCUCUCAUUUUAUGCAGUCAAAUCAGUAAAGGAGAUGAGUUUUAGGAGGGUUUGCUGAUGACUUCAAAUGCACAUUCUGAAACUAUGCAGGAAUAAUGUGAAACCUCUGAUAAAUAUACAUACACUUGUGUCUAAGGUUUUUCAGACAUUUGAACACUGAGAUUAGUCUUGUCUUCUGCUGUCCAUGUGUGUGUGUGUGCGUGCGUGUGUUGGAGAUAAUUUAGAAAUGUCCCUUUACACUUUGCCUCCUUUAAUUGUGUUAAGGAUAGAAUUAUAUAAUGUACCUUGAUGACACUCCACAAUAAAUGCCAAGAGAAUGAGAGAUGUGCCUACCCACAAAGUGGGGCUUUAACAGGUUCUAGUUUUGGAGUGUAAUGUCUCAUUGGUUGGAAAAAAAAAGCAGUCUUUGUCACACUUUUUAAGUUUAUAGUAUGCUAUUUAUUCUUUGUAUUGUUAUUUAUUUAAAAAAAAAAACUGAUUAUCAAACUUAAGAAACCAAGACAAAUCUUGCUCACUUUUUCCACCAUGUUUUUACUCCCAGCUGAAAAUAAAUAUGGAUGCUUAAAA